UGUUAGGCUCACACAGCUGAAAGAAGAAUUUCGUUGAUUCUGGGAGACAGUGUGCAAUCUUUAGAGAACCCUCAUAUGCUGGGAGAAUGAGCUCUUUAAUGUUGGCAGUGCUGGUGUGCCUGAUCCAGGGGUUACAAGGGUUAAAGGAAUGCCCAAAAGAGGAACAGAACAUCGCCGUCAAAUUGGGGGGCACUGCCCACCUGCCUUGCUUGUUUUCCCCACCAAAAGGGGUAAUUAAAGAUGGCGUUCAAGUCUCCUGGCAGAAGGAGCACACCGAGAUUGACCUUGUGGUCCACUUCCAGAACGGGAAGGAAGAAGGUGACAAGCAGAAUGAGCACUUUAAAGGCCGCACUUUGGUGGGCCGGACCUGGUUUCAAGAUGGAAAUGCUAAGCUGAAUAUCCACAGAGUGACUGAAGAGGACACUGGGAAAUAUACCUGCUGGAUCACUUUACUUCCACUGGGACCAUGGAGCCAACAUAGAUGUUGCGUGGUGACACUAACCAUCUCUGAGGAGACAACCCAAGAAAAAAUUGUAAAAGAUGACCACAUUUUGUUGAAUUUUGUGAUAAUGUGGGCUGUUUUCUUUUUCGUCAUUGGACUGUUGGCCAUUAUUCCCUGCCUGUUGACUAGCAGACCAGAUUACAGUUUACCAGAUUAAGGAGCAAAACUGCAACAUCGGAAAGUGUGGACACCAAAGGACCUCAUCCCAAAUGUGUUUUUUUUUUUUUUUAGAAAUGUGAACUACAAUUGAUAUUUAAUUGAGGAACCGAGGAACACAAUACACUCACACCUGGAGCGGUACUCUGCAUUUCCUAGACUGGUGAAAAAUGUAUGCUAGCAAGCAAGUCAUGUAAAAAGCUGCAACCGCAUAUAGGCUUUCAUUGUAUUGUGCAUGCAUGCGUCCUAGCUCUGAGUUAUUCUGUCAUUUCUGAAAUUCAUUCCAAGAGUCCUUGGCAAUUCUGGAUAAAGAUUAAGGGGAUAGAUCCAGGUAUAGAUGACCUACCGUAUAUAUUUUGUUUUAUUUAAAUGUAUUUAUUUGAUAUGUUAAGUUGUAUAUGUUGUUUGGUUUUGUUAAUUUGAUGUCAUUAUGAUGUCACUGGGAGUAGGGGGCAUUAGUUGCUAUAGGUUUCCGUUUUCUGUUUAUGUUGUAAGCACUAGAUUGUCAUGUGUUGCUAAAUCACCCUAAUGAAGGUAACCUAUGUGAAUUUAUAGGGUGUGUUUAUAUAAAAAUGUGCAUAGUUGUCCAUCCUUUGCAACUGCAUGUAAAUUUAUUCUGUGCAAAUGGAGUAAAAUUGAAUGUUCUCCGGCAAUAUUAUCUGUGGAUAAACAUACAUAUGGGGAAAAUUAAUAGGGAAGAUAAUGCAUUAUGGCCACUAGAUGGAGCUGGGGAACACACUUAUUUCUAUGAUCCUCAGCUCCAACUAGUGGCCAUAAUCUGGUAUUUUCCUCGUUCUCAUUCAAUCUGCAAAGAAUAUAGUUCUACAUUAAAUAUAGUUAAACAAAGGGAAACAGUCAGAUACUCUGUAAAUCUUAAUUUUAUUUUUUGAUGCGGAUAAAGCAGUGUCUAAUGUGUUUAGCCUUGGUCACAGCACAGAAUAUAGUCUGAGAAAAUUUAAUUUUGCCCUUUUGUCACUGUAAGAAUGUACAUGCAGUUUUGAUGGAGGAACAGCUAUAAAAUAAAGCAUUAAAACAUA